AUGGACAGUGUGUGGGUGCGGGGCGAGGAGGCCAGUGGUGGGACGGGUAGCUCACAGGGAGAGGAGUUCCACUUAUUCGAGUGCACGGAGGCCAACAAGAACGAGCACUUCGAGAAGAUGGCCGCAUAUCUGUCUCAUAUGAUCCCAUUCCUCGAGCUUAUGGACCAACACAGCGACAACACUGUCGGCGAUGAGCACAAGAAGCAUAAGGAGGACCUCAAGAAAAUGAUCGCUCACUUCAAGAAGUAUAAGGAGACCAAAGAGGCCCUUAAGACCCGGUGCGACGACCCCAAAACCACAGUCUCCCUGUGCUGUCAAGAGAUUAAGGCAUUGGAGAAGAAGUUUCACGACGAGAUGGACCACUUCAACCACGACGAGGCCAAACAGUAG